AUCGUGUGACGACUUUUCAACUUUAGUGAGUACUGUCUUCAGUAUCGUGUGCGUGUUAUACUUUCUUUUCAAAAAGUAUUGUGAUAAAAUGUAUUCAUUUAAAAUUUUUAUCCUUUAGAAGAUUUUUAGAGCAAUAUCCUGAACAUUAUUUUAAUUUCCUUGCGGCCUAAGAGAUAUUUAAAGUUAAAAUGUCUACACGGAGAGCAAGAAUUAAAGCUGUUAAUUUUUUGCCACUGCGACGAAAAAAUACUGAAACAUCUGAGAAUAAAAAUAAAGCCUCUGAUUCAAAAGACAAUGCUGAAAAAAAUUCCAAAGAUUCUCAAACUCCUCUGCCAUCAGCUUCCGCAAAUCAAGAAGAAAAUACGAGUGUAAUAAAAAAUACACCGGACAACCAAAACUCAAGUACGAACACGCCGUCAAAAGAACAGAGCUUCAAUAAAUCGCCGGCCACCAACAGUACCACACCUGGCGAAACUCCUCAUAACGCAAACAAUUCAACGUCAUUCAAAGAUAAAGCACAAUCAAUUAAUUCAAUAAAAGAUACCAACAUUUUUGUAUCCCCUUUGAGACGAAAUAGUCCAAAAAAGACAUUCGCAUCUCCAAUAGUCCCUUCCCCUAAAGUCAUAAGAAAUGUGGAACAAAAAUUAACCACAACACUCAUCGGCAGGAAGACUCCUGUAGCACAAAAAAUCAAUGAAAGUAAUGAACUCCAAAUAUCAGGAAGUGUAAUUAAUAUCACUCACAAUAUUACCAAUGACAGCCGAAGGAAUGAACAAGCCGGACCUGGCACACCGACCAUAGCAAAUGAUGAAGCCAUGGAUGGCAUAAUUCCCUUGCAAUCAGCAUCAACUGCACCUAAGCCAAUAGAGUUGUUGAAGAGUGAAAUUAUAUCGGAAAAUGCUGAGGUUCUUUUUGAUCCAAUCGUCCCUCUCCCCUCACCGAGUAAGGUGAGACCUAAAUUGCGUCCAGCUCCAAGAUUGGGGCCUCAUCGACGGAACAGUGUACAGGGUAGUGCAAGUGAAUCCGAGGAUGAAAGUAGAAGGAGUCUUCUAUCUGGAGGCAAUACACCAGCUCAUCAAAGACAAAGGCAUGACUCUCAAAUGUCUCAUAACACACUUGUGUCCUUACCCAACAGGGAUGUCAGUCGCGUGAGAAAUGAUUCUGUGUGCUCAGGUGUUAGUGUCAUUACGAAACCACAGCCGACGUCUCCAGUUAAAGAAAAACAUACAAAGAGAUCUCGUAAUGAACGUCGUUUGAACGCCAUGAGACGUCGAGAAAACGUUAAACGUGACUCCCUGACGAUGUACGACCUCAUCUUCUACAAUCCAACCUCGAACCCUAUAGUUCCGGACGACGACGAAAUAAAUGCUAAGGAAGCGAACGAGAAGGAGAUUCUGGAGAGUAACAAAAAGGAAGAGACCAAAACGGAUAACCCGAAGGAGAACGCCGCGCCCGUGCCGCAGAUAAAACUUGGACCUAACGGGACAAUAAUGAUCGACGAGGAAAGCUUGGUCAUAAAACAGACGGAGUCCGACCGUAAAGUGUCUUCAGUGGUGCACGAGGGCUCCUGGUCAAAGAGCAGCGGGUAUAAGGCGAAACAUCUCCGCUCUAGAGACUGGAGCUCCGCUGAGACUGUCAGGUUCUAUAGAGCCUUGGCUGUUAUUGGAACAGAUUUCUCGUUGAUGGCACCUCUAUUCCCUGAUAGGACGAGACGAGAACUUAAAUUUAAGUUCAAGAAAGAAGAAAGGAUGAACGGCGCCCAAGUUGAUAAGGCGCUGCGUUCGACCAUCGAAUGGGAUGUGCUUAGACUCAAAGAAGAGUUCAAAGAAGAAAGAGCCCUGGCCGCUAAACAAGCGGAGAGAGAAAGACAGUCACUGAUAGAAGAGAAGAAGUUGGAGAGAGAAAGACUGAAGGCUGCCAGAGAAACACGUGUUAGAUCUAGCCGAGGUUCAAAAGCUCUGUCAUCAAACAUGUUGCCGGGUCUGAAUAAAGUUCACAACGAAGUGUUCACAGCAGACGGUAUUAUAGAACGAGCUAAUCGGAGACCACAUAAAAACAAACAUGGAACAAUCCAGGCAUCAGACAAAAAUAAAGAUAAUCAAUCAGAUGUAAGCCAGAACACACAAAAUCAAGACGUAGCUGUACUAACAAAAUUACCACCAAUGCAAACUAAAACGCCCGAAGCCGUCAAUACUUUGCCACCUAUUCCACCGAACAUUGAAACCGGCUCUUUGGUAGUUUUAACGGUCGAUGACCCCUCUUCACCCGCCAAAAAAAUGCUACAGACAUACAUCGCUCGUGGCCCGGGUCAGUUGACGCCAGUCGCAUUACCCACAACCUUCUUAAACUCCGUGGUAGGGUAUAUGAAGAAAAACAAAGGUCAAGGGUCACCACAAAUCAUGUCGCCGGGCAGCGCUGCAAGCUACGACAGCAGAUCGAGCGGAACUCCCGGAGUCCCAAACAUUUCAGUGUUGCCAAGUCCAGCAAAAAGACAAAGACACAGCUCAUUCACCAUAACGCAGCUUUGAUUUCUAUUCCAUUAUGUUGCCAGCAUAAAAAAUAUUUUUUUCAAUUCACCAUUUCAUUUUAUCUAUGGGUGGUAACUUGACAAGGAGGUCUCCUUGCGGAUUACAGCUGUGAUAAAUUUGUAAAACCUAGUUCUUAUGCCAAUAUCAACUUUACCUUAUUUAUUGUUUUAUUUUGUACAUUAUAUUAAGUUAAGGUUUUAUGCUGUUCGAUGACAGUAACAGCUUCGUUUGUACGGCAUGGAAUUGAUAUUAAAAUAAAAUACUUUGACGAAUUAACUUUAUAGUGAUUAAGUGUAUGUUCUCUAUAUUUAUUGGACAAGUUAAGAUGUCUGGUAGAAAGUUUCAAAAUGCUUAAAAUAUAGUACCAUUUCAUGAGGCUGAAAUAUAUGUAAUACUAUGCUAUGUGCUAGAUAUACCCACCUGUCACACUUACAAAUAAAUGUAUGACAAAAAUAUGUUUUUCACAUACAAAACACGCUGAUUUGAGGAUAGUAGGGGUAUUAAAUUAAAAUAUUCUCCUAACAUUAAUGUUACUAACAUAUACAGUAAUUAUCAAAAUCUUAUGCUAUUUAGGCAUAUUUUACAUAGCUUCAUUUAUAAAAAAAAAACUAUGUCAAUGAUUAUUUUUAUACAAAGAAAAUUUUAUUAUUCUUCAAACAGAUCUGCUCGAAUUUGCCACAUAGAGUCAUUAACUUUUUUUUUUACAUUAAGAAUUGUACACAAAAAUUCUCAAUAUAAUGCUACACGUUGUAGGCCAUAAUUUCGUAUAGGCAUUUUUAUAGCAAUUGUUUAAUGAUUGUACUUCAAUUAUAUUAGUAAUUCUAUUAUGUGAUAUAAUAAUAAUGUGUCUGUUAUAAGUGUUAAGAAUUAUACGCAUUUUUACAAAA